ACAGCGGCCUGGGCGCCGGCGCAAGGGCCCGGGGCCACCAAGCGCCCCGGCCGAGCGCACCCCUGCCCCAAGCCGCUCCCGGCCGCCGCUUGCGCCCCCGCCGCGGGCGCCUGCCCCAGACCCGGUCCCGGCCUGAGCCUGGCAGCGCGGGAGCCCGAGCUGCCUCCCUCGCCCCCUGGGGCCGCUGCCACCCCUGGUGGCGCGGGCGCGGAGAGGAGGGCGCUCGUCCUGUUUGUUUCCCGCCGCUCUGUCCCAGGAGGACGGAUUCCGGCACUGCGCCUAGCGCAAGCCCCGGCGGCCCUGGCCCCUUCCCCGCCGCGGUGCCCCGCCUGGGCCGAGGCAGCCUUCGCCGCCCCCAGCCUCCCCAGCCCCGGGUCGGGGAGGCCCGCAGGGACUCUUCUUCGGGAAAACCCCGUGGCUACUGCCAGGAAAACCGCUGGGCCCCUCUGGCGCGCAGGCGGCCGCCACAGUGCGUCAACAGGCGCUGUAACCAGAGUGGAUAAAUGAGGGGUCCGGGUCGGGGGCCCAGAGCAGCCAUGGCUGUGGCUGUGGCUGUGGCUGUGGCCGUGGCCGUGGCCUGGGGCUGGUGGCCCUCUUUGAAAAUCUGGCGGAGUCGGGCAGCCUGCGUUUGCUUUGGCAACUGCGAAAGCGCACAGGUGCACGGGGGAGGGGGGCUGGCGGCGCCACCACCGACACCGUCACUGAUAGAGCCUCGCCAUGGGCGCCCAAAUUCGUUCACUUGCGAAUUGCGUAAGCGGCCCUCCCUGUACCAGCCGCCGGGAAUUACGCGGGCUUGUGCCUGCGGCCACCUUACUAGGCCCCACCGCUCCAGCCUGAACUCCCACCGUUCCCUGCCUUGCGCUUGAUGUUCCAGCGACGUCGAACUGCUUAUCUCCUGUAAACCAAGCUGCUUCUCUCCUUGACGCUGGCCUUCCUGCCUAGCUUGCCCUCCCGCCUUCUUUUGCCUUUUAAGACCGGGCAACUACCCCACCCCAUCAGUAGAUGCGCCUCUUCUGGGCUCCUUGGCUUCCUGUUUACACCUCCGUCACUGCGCUUGGUUUUGCACAUGGUUUUGCUUAUCCUUCUGUAAGUUUAUUGAAGGUAGGGGCCAUGUCUUACCCUGCCAAGCACAUUGUCUGGCACGUAGUAGCUGUUCAAUAGAAGAAGUGGUCCCUUUCCCUCAAAGAGCUUCCCGUCUCACUGAAGGGAUGAGGCUAGCCAUGGGACCAAGAAACUGUUGAUUUGUGGAGUAGAAGCCUUUGGCCAGAGUAUUGCUACAUUUUCACAGACUAUAGGGCCGUGUGACUUCUGGAGGACCCUGGGCGCCCUUUCCUAAACAGGCACACAGUUCAAUAGACUCUCUGGCUCACUGGGGAAGGGAGGUAGAGGGCAGGGGCAGAGUCGGGGAGCCUCCUUGGAACCCAGCAGAAGUUGGUUAUUUUGUGGUACUGUCAUGGUGGGCAAAUCUGUUACCAACCAAGUAUCUUCUGAAUGCCAAAUCCUGUUUAAUUUCACUUUCGCUUUGCUGAUCUGUGGCCUGUCUCACACCGAGUGUCAAAAAGACGAGUAUCAAAGAAGGAAGUAAACAUCUUUGGCCGGAUUUAAUUUCUGACUGUGUUGGGAAGCGAAGUAACAUGAUGGGUGCAAUAUACACAGAAUGGAACACGAGGGGUUUGGACUCACAUUCCUCAUCUGUGAAGCCAGGGCAUUGCCUGAGUGGUCCUCAGGGUCCUUUCUGGCUCUAACAUUCUACACUUUUAGGAUUUUAAUUCCCGAUUGGCGUUGGCUAAGCAGAAGACACCGGAUGAGAGACCAGCUAUUACAGAUCAUCUCUGUCUCUCUAGGGACGACGGGAGUGAGCACUGGCCUGGGAGUCUAAAGAUUGUGCCUUCAGACCUACUUUGUCACUUACUAGCUGGCGACUUUGGGCAAUCAUGUGGUUUUUCUGGGCCUUAUGUGUUUUAUAUAUGACUACUAAGAGGUUAGUAGAUUAGAGGAUAUAUUAAAGAUCCUUCUGACUCUUAAUUUCCAGAUGUCAGAUUAACAGUAGUUUGCUAAUAAUGGCUGUGUUAAAGAGCUCCGACCUUGGAGACAAUUUAUGGCUUCAAAGCUCUGCCACUCACUAGCUUUGCUUUUCACUCAACCCUUCUGUGCCUUGGUUUCCUUUUCUGUUAAAUGGGGAUAUCUGCUCUGUUUGUCUCCGAGGGUUUUGUGAAGAUUAAAUGUGUGUGGGAGGACUUUUUAAACUUCACAGUGCUAUAUACAUUUUAAGGGGUAUUAGUUACUGUUUCCAUUGUUGGUCAGCUGAGAUAAAUCUUCAGCGUUCCCUGGAGCCUGGCUCUGGAGUGAAGAAGGCAGCUUGGCAGUUGACUUUGAGACCUCCUCUUUCGCUGGGCAUUGGCAGUUCUGGGAGCAGAGCAGCCUUGGCAUGCCAUAGGGUGGAUUGUGUGUUUGUAGAAAAGUCUGGGAAGUAAGGAAACAGGCCAUAACUUCAGCAGAAGGGAGGCCUGAGGUAAGGAUGGAAUGGUGGAGAGGCAGACUCAGGUGUGGCCCACCAGGAACUGCCUUCCCCACUUUUUUGUGGGGUGGGGUGGGGAAGAGGAAAAGGGCAUAUUAUUUAAAAACAUGUAUAGAAAAUAGUACAAACUUUAAGGUCAUCUAUGUGUUGUUGGAUUCUGGGAAAUUCACAUUUUCUCUAUUCUAUGUAUUUUCCCAAUUUUCUAUAAUGAAUAUGUAUUUCUUAAAUCAGAAUAAUAACUUUUUUUUCUUUAAAAUUUAGAGGAAAUCUCUUUUUGCAAAUGUGGGUUCAUCUUUUUCUGCUUAACCUUUUUCUCAUUUGAUUAAAGAACUAAUAAAAAUUUUUUUGAAAUUA